AUGGAGAAUAAAAAAUCAAGAGAUGUUGCGAAUAAGUUCAUUUGCUCAAUCUGUUUGAAUGGAAAAUGUAGAAAUAAUGACGAUAAACACAUAGAAAACAAAAAAAGAAAAAGUAAGUCAUGUCAUGCAUGCAAAGUUAACAAACAUUGUAAUAAUAAUGAAAUCAAUAAUGCCGCUGGAGAUAUUGAUCCUGAUAUGACUACAAAAGAUGUACAAACGUCCCAAGUAGAUGUUACACAAGGUUUGAAUCUACUUAAUGAGGUACUCAAUGUUUUUCAAAAGAAUAAAGAGACAAAAGAUAUCACUAGUAAAACUUCUCUAUUCAAAGAUGCUGGCACUUCUACAGAAGCUAAUAAAUCCCUGAAAACAAGACUAACUAUAAGUAGGACAAUAAACUACUGCAUCGGAGAAUUUGAUAAAAUAGAUAGAAAUAAUAAUUUCUCGAUUAUAGAUUAUCAUCAACCCGAUGUCAUCAGAAUUAGCAACAAUUCAGUUGAUUUAAUACGACAUAAAUCUUCUUCGAUACCUCAAAUGAAAUUGGAAGAGCUGAAGUACUCUAUGAAAGCGAAAACCAAAUCUAAAGAUGCUAUAGAAGAAGUAAACAGAAUGUUUGCAACGGUAAAAAGAAGAGAACAGAGUUUAGAUUGUACAAAUAGACCUCUAACUCGGAAUGGCCCUAGAAUCUUGCCUGUAGUAAAAACUGAAGUUUCAAGUGAUAAUGAUAAAAAAAUUGAAAUUGACAAUAGCUGUAAAUGUUGCCAGACCCAUUGCCACUUAUCCAGUGGAGACUCUGCAAGUCAGUGUUGCCGUAAAAUCGAAGAGACAUAUGAACAUACAGUGUGCUGUCAUUACAAGAAGCAUCGCAACAAAAGAAAAGAGAUUGUGGUUUGCGAGUGUUGCAAAAAUGUUAAAAAUCAUUAUGAGGUUGAUAAUAAAAAUGAUUAG